UCUUGUACAGUUUUUAUGAAUCCCAUUGACUAAUUAGAAAAGAAGUUGUUUAUCUACUUGAAGUAUUGUUCAAUAAAAACCUGUUCAUUUGUUUCAGUAACAAAAAUAUGGCUCUUGCAAAAGAAGCAAGCAAUUAUGAUCAAAAAUAUAGUAGUAAAGAUGGUAAAUCUUACAUUCACCCUUACGGGGAUGUGUACAAACCUUUAAAACCUUAUCCAAUUUUUGAUUUAAAUCCCUUAUUUUCUCCGGGUACCUUGAAAGACUCUAAAGGUCAUACUGUAAACUGGGAAGAUUUGUUAGGCAAAUCUGUCGCAUUAUAUUUUGCUGAUUAUGCCUUGUGCCGCUGCAAAAGUGUUUUACCCAUUUUAUGUAACGUGUAUAAAACGUUUAACGAAUCAGGAGAUUAUCAAAAGGUUGAAAUCGUUUUCGUUUCUUUAGACAAGUCAGAAAAAGAAUAUGCAGAACAUCGCGCUGUGCAACCUUGGUUAUCAUUACCUUAUGAAUCCGAUAUUAUUGAUAGAUUUAAGGAUCAUUAUCGAGUGAUGCACGCGAAUGAACUUUGCAAAUACGGAUAUGGUCCUCGGAUGACACCACCUUCCUUGAUUAUUAUUAAUCGUUAUGGUCGAUUGCUUCAGUUUCUAGAAAUAAAUGAGCAAGUGAAAUUAUGGAAGAAAUGGGAUGUUAUUUCUGAGCUGUUCUGAUUCUUAUAAAAUAUGAUUAACGAAACGACAUCAUUUUAAAAAGAUCUCAAACGUUACUGAUAGCUUAAAUAAUUUGACUUUAAGUAUUUACCACAACCAAUGUAGUUUGAAUAUUUGUCUUAAUGAAAUGACUCUUUAAAUAUUCUU